ACGCUCCCUUCUUGCUUUUCGUCACAUCAGCCCGUAGUGCAACAGAGUGGUAAAGGGUUGCAAAGUUGGCUAUUGCGACAGUGAAUACCAAGUAUUUUGUUUUUCCUAUGGUUAUCAGGUUAGUGCGAGUCUAUUUUCCGCAAACAAGUUUCAGAUUAAGUGAUGAUUGUUUAAAUUUCGCGAGUUUACUUUAAUCUAUCGAACCACAGUGCUGUUGAAAAAGUGCUAACAUGACAUCACAUUCCUUAUUGCUACGUUUACAAGAUCGAUGAUGAUGGUUUUGAUGACGAUAGCUGAUGUGGUGCGAGGUUGAUUGAUCGUUGUGACUAUUUGUUUACAUUUUGCGUACAAAGGGAUUCAUAGGAGUCCGCUGAGACGAAAUCGUGUUUUGAUAAAAUAACGGUAGACCAAACUCUGUCAAAAAGUGGAGAAUCGACUGCUUUCAGUAGUUCUAAAAUGCCGAACAGUUCGAAUAGGAACAAUGUUGAUUGGUCCAGAUACGGAUUAGGAAAUGAUGACUCAUCACCUACGGAGCGUGCGAGAACGCGAAGUGGCACGGGUGGGUUCGUGGAUUUAGGAAAUGAGUACGAUUAUGGCGCAGGAGGACAUCACGCCUCCGGAAGGGAUGAGAUUUUUGCUGAAGACCAAGGAGAUAAACCCUGGUGGAGGAGUAACUUUUUCAUUUCACAACCGGUGCUUUUCGGAACCUGGGAUGGUGUCUUUACCUCAUGCCUGAUUAACAUCUUCGGAGUUAUUGUGUUUCUGCGGUCCGGGUGGAUCGUUGCAGAAGCUGGCAUUAUGCAUGCGGUUCUGAUCAUCUUUUGUGCUGUGGCAAUAGCUCUGGUAUCGGUGCUAUCUGCUGUUGGAAUUUGCGAACGAUGCAGAGUGGAAAGCGGGGGUGUCUACUUCCUCAUAGCUCACACACUGGGAUCCAGAUUUGGAGGGUCACUUGGGCUGCUGUAUUGUUUCGGGCAAGCCGUGGGAUGUGCUCUAAAUGUGCUCGGUUUCGGAGAAUCUAUGGCUGGACUGGUCGGCUUGGAAGGAAAUAAAUGGGCUAUACGAUCGUUUGCGAUAGCAGCAGUGUUGCUACUGGGUGUAAUCAAUGUAGCAGGAGUGAAGUGGGUCGUCAAGCUACAGUUCGCACUGCUGAUAAUAUUACUCAUAUCAGCCCUAAACUUUAUGGUUGGAAGCUUCACUGGAGAAGAUCCAGAGCAUGGCUUUGACGGGUGGGGUCACGGAAAUAUGGCACUUAACCUAUGGCCAGAAUACAGUUCAGGUACCACCUGGUUCACCGUUUUUGGGGUAUUUUUUCCUACUAUCACUGGAAUACUGUCGGGAAUAAAUAUGAGUGGAGAUUUGCGGGCACCAUCGACGGAUAUUCCGAACGGUACACUGGCUGCAUUGAGCACCUCAACUUUCUUGUAUAUGGUUUUCAUCCUUUUUCUGGGAGCAACUUGCCAGCGAGCCACCCUGUUAACGGAUUUCAUGAUAGCUGCCAAAGUGUCUGCCAUUCCGUUUCUUCUGCUAGCUGGUAUAUACGUUUCGAGCAUGUCUUCUUGUUUAGGAGCGAUGUACGGAACGCCCCGGGUACUGCAAAGCAUUGCCAACGAAAAUGUGAUUCCUGGAAUCGGUAAACUGGGAAUGGGACGCGGACCAAAUAAAGUACCUCUGUAUGCAAUGGCUGUCGUGGCUACGGUAACUACUGCUUUCAUUAUCGUCGGCGACAUUAAUACGCUGGCACCGAUCGUUACGAUGCCGUUCCUGUUGACGUACGCAUGCAUCGACUAUUCGUAUUUUGCACUGGCACAGACAUUCGAUAUUCAGAAUAGUCGGGAGGAGCGGUUUCGGAUACAAGCGCAGAGUCCGCUGUACGAGACGAGAAAUUACGGUGCAGCGGGGGACUACCACGACAAUAAUGAUUUGGAUCAGCUGUUUCCGGAGAGAACCAGACACAAGAAUUUGUCGAGUCCCGCAAAUUCUCCACAUCACGUGCCUUCAACGACAGCCGGUAAUAAUCGUGCCAUCGCGAAUGGAGCCGCUAGCAGCAGUUACCCGAAUGGUGGUCUGUCAAACAGUACAUCUAUUAACAGCGAGGUGAUAUUCCGCGAUGGAACCAACAGCAACAACACCGCGGGAGCCAGUUCUUUGGACGAAGCUGAUGAUGAACCCAUCGCUCCUAUCCGGCCGCCGAUUCAUUCAAAGACGAAAAAUUGGUAUUCGGGCUUUUGCAAUCGGUGGGCUUCGUUAAUGGGGGCUGGAGUAAAAGUUUUCGUGAUGAUGCUGGUCAACUGGGUGUUUGCGUUAAUCUGCAUAGGUACUGUGUUUGUCGUAUGGUUCUACGUUGGAACAGCCAAUCCGGCCGUCAAACCAGGUUUGGCGCAUGAGUUUCGUUUCUUCAUAUGGUUGAAAAAUGGCGUUUUCAGAUGCUUUGGAAAACGCGUGCAUGACUACGAACAGGUGGUUGUGACGCCUUCCUGUCCGACUGUUCCAUUAACGGCAGCACAACUGAAUGAGGAGAACGAAGACUUUGCCUCGCGGAGGCGCUAUCAUCAGUCGGCCAUGGUCCAAGGACAUUACGUGGACGAUGUGUGAACGUCAAAUGCCAAACCGGCUAACUAUACUCAGUUACGACAACAAACCAAGCAUAACACAAAUAACACACUAAACAGUCCUUUUUGUAGUAGCUAGAACAUUAGGAUAAAUAUCUGUACAUUCGUUUAUAUGCAUAAACAUUUGUCAGUCAGAAGACCACCAAAGCGAACUGAUAGUCUGAAGAGACGAGUUUAGAGAAAAAUAUUUUGUGACACGAAACAAAGGAACAUGUUUCCAUGAUUUUUCGGUAUGAUUUAGAAAGUUACGCGCAAUUUUUAAGCAAUAAGUGGAUAUGAUAUUGGCAAAAUUCCGAUCAAAAAGGAUAAAGUACUAUUGUAAAUAGUGUACUCUAGGCUAACGACUAUGGUUUAAAAAUGUUUAUUUAUCAAGAUGAAAGUUAUUUAUGCUACAAUGUACGACGACUACUAUUGCUACCAGUGUAUUGAAAACUAAUUUGGUGAGAUUCGCAGCUUAUAAGCCUGAAAAUGUUUUCUGAACGCGUAUUUGUAAGUCACUAAGUGUUAUACCUAUAGCAUUUAAAGAGGAACUGUGUAAUACACUUACUUGUACAACAUUUCACCACACUAAUGUGUUGCUACGUUGUACUACCACUAUCUACUAAAGUUUAUAUUUUUACGUACGCUGUUCAUCCUCAACUGUGUUAAUAUCUUAUUUUUAUUUUUUUUUAAGUUAAACUUUUUAUUAAAAUAAUAUUUUUAAUAAACUACUAUAUA